AUCUACUCUGUAAGAAGGAACGCUAAAAUGUCAAACACAAAUCAAUCUCCAAGCAAUGUCACUGUUGAAUGGCAGUAUCAGGGGUUACUGGAAAGAGUGUUGUUUUCCACUCUGACUACAGCACCAUGCUGCAUGUUCCUUUUCAUUAAUGGAACCAUGUUGUUUACCUUGCGGAGUAAAUCUGUGUUUCGUGAGACGUCUCGUUACAUUCUUCUGUAUAACCUCCUUUUUGCAGACAGUGUGCAGAUGGCACUGAGCCAGCUGAUGUACAUACUUGCUGCUUGUAGAAUAAGGCUGACAUAUCCUGUUUGUGGUGUUCUCAACAUGCUCGGUGGUCUCACAAGUCAAAUAUCCCCUCUCACACUGGUGGUGAUGUCUCUGGAGAGAUAUGUGGCUGUGUGCUACCCACUGAGGCACGCUACCAUCAUCACCGUCAGAAACACAGGAGUAGCUAUUAUUAUGGUUUGGGCCUUCAGUUCACUGAAUGUCCUCACUCGAGUCCUUUUACUGUUAGAUUUUCCAUUUGAGCAGCUGCAGAGCCUGCAGAUGAAAGAUUUUUGUUCGAAUGUAGCUAUGUUUCUUGGGCCACUGUCUGAUCUCUAUGACAAAGCCUACACUUGUUUCCUGUUUGCAUCAGCUGGUGUGGCAGUCACUUCCUCAUAUAUUGGUGUGCUGGUAGCAGCCAGAUCAGCCUCCACAGACAAAGUUUCAGCCCAUAAGGCUCGUAACACACUGCUGCUGCAUCUGGUGCAGCUGGGCCUCACACUCUCCUCAACCUUUUACAACCCGAUGCUGAUAGCUCUUUCAAGAACUGUAACAAGGAUCAUACUUGUGCGUGCUCAAAAUGUUUUGUAUGUGUGUAUUUUCAUCUUCCCCAGAUGUCUGAGUUCUCUCAUUUAUGGCAUAAGAGAUAAGGCCAUCAGACCCGUCCUCAUGUACCAUCUCUGCUGUCGACUGAAACACUCAGUUGUCCCAGCUAAGGCUGAGAAGAAAAGCUUCAUUACAUUUCCAAGGAGGCCUUCAAUAGUCACCAUGUCUGUAGUGAUUGAGAAAGACAGAUAG